AUGGCUAUUAGGCCCGCUCCAGAGUCUGUUGCGAAAGAGGCAGCAGAAAACAUCCAUCCUGUGCGAGAUCCCAACACACUUUCGAAUUACAAUGCCUGGAGGACGAAGCACACUGUUGCAGACUUUGAUGUCGACUUCGAUGCCAAACGCCUGACUGGUAUUGUCCACCUCACCUUGGAAAAGCUCGCCAAGGGAGACAACAAGAUCAUUCUCGACACCAGCCAUCUCGAGAUCGUUGGCGUAGACAUUGAAGGAGACGAAGCACCGUGGGACCUGGCUUCGAAGCGAACAGAGCCAUAUGGUAGCCCUCUGACGAUCAGUGUCAACUCGAAGCAACUCGAGGCUGCUUCGCCAAACCUUACCGUUCGCAUUGGAGUCCAAACGACCAAAGACUGCACGGCCUUGCAAUGGCUCACUCCAGCUCAAACGAGCAACAAGAAGCACCCGUACAUGUUCUCUCAAUGCCAGGCUAUCCACGCACGAUCACUCUUUCCCUGCCAAGACACUCCUGAUGUGAAGUCGACAUACCAAUUCAACAUUCGAUCUACAUUGCCAGUCCUUGCAUCAGGUCUCCCCACGGGCGCGAAAGACUUCCUGCCAGGUAAGGAUGGCCAGCCAGGAACUCUGCUUUACACUUUCUACCAGAAGGUUCCGAUGCCAUCGUAUUUGUUCGCUCUCGCCAGCGGUGAUCUCGCUUCAGCAUCCAUUGGCCCGCGUUCGACAGUCUGGACUGGCCCAGAGGAAUUGCAAGCAAGUCAGUGGGAAUUUGAGAAGGACACCGAAGCCUACAUCCAGGCUGCCGAAAAGAUCGUUUACCCCUACGCCUGGACGACUUACAAUGUACUAGUGCUUCCUCCUUCUUUUCCUUAUGGUGGAAUGGAAAAUCCCGUCUACACUUUUGCAACACCCACAGUCGUCUCUGGUGACCGUCAGAAUGUCGAUGUCAUUGCGCACGAGCUGAGCCAUUCGUGGUCGGGUAAUCUCGUGAGCUGUGCCAGCUGGGAACACUUCUGGCUGAAUGAAGGAUGGACCACCUACCUCGAGCGUCGAUUGCAGGCCGCGAUCCACGGCGGUGACAAGCAUCGUGAUUUCUCUGCCAUCAUCGGCUGGAAGGCUUUGUCCGACAGCAUUGAGCAGUUUGGCGAAGACCAUGAGUUUACCAAAUUGAUCCCUGACCUCAAGGGCAAGGAUCCGGACGACGCUUUUUCGAGCGUGCCAUAUGAGAAGGGCUUCAACUUCCUGUACUACCUCGAGAAAUUGGUUGGCAUCAAGAAGUGGGACAAGUUCAUCCCGCACUACUUCACGGAAUUCAAGGAGCGUUCGGUCGACAGCUACGAAUUCAAGGCGACACUGCUGUCGUUUUUCGAAGGAGACGAAGCAGCAUCGAAGAAGCUGAGCGAGGUGGACUGGGACAAGUGGUUCUACACCGCCGGCUUCCCACCAAAACCCAACUUCGAUACAGAGCUGGCGGAUAUGUGCUACGAUCUGGCCGAAAAGUGGGAGUCGCUGAACGAGGGCAAGAACAGCGGAUUCCAACCUUCAAAGACAGAUGUCGAGCACUUCACCGCCAACCAAAGCGUUGUCUUGCUCGAGAGGAUCCAGACCUUUUCGAAGCCGCUGUCUCCGAAGUUGGUCGAACUCAUGGGCGAAGAAUACGGGUUCGCGAAGUCAAAGAACGUGGAGCUGGUGAGCAGAUACUUCGUCAUCGGGCUCAAGUCACGCACCGAGAGCGUGUACCAGCCCACUGCGGAGUUGCUAGGACAAGUCGGACGCAUGAAGUUCGUGAGGCCGCUGUUCCGGGAAUUGAUCAAGUGCGAUCUGGCUCUGGCGAAGAAGACGUUUGAGAAGAACAAGGACUUCUACCACCCGAUUUGCAGAGGCAUGGUAGAGAAGAUCUUGGAGAAGCAUACUUAG